CCUCCUCGCUUCGCCAUGGUGGAGCAGGGAGACGCGGCGCCGCUGCUGCGCUGGGCCGAGGGCCCCGCCGUGUCCCCGCCGCAGGGCCCGGAGCUGCAGGCUGGAGGCCGGGCCCGGGCCGGCGGCGGAGGCGCGCGGUCGGCCGCGGAGCCGCCGCGGAGGCGGGAGCCCGGGGAACCGGCUCCCCCCGAGGUGCUAUUGCAACCCGGGCAUCCGGAGCUGGGCGACGUGGAGGAGGACCAGGUGGUGGCUGUGUUUGUGGUCACCUUCGAUCCACGCUCUGGAAACAUGGUGGAAUGGUGCUUACCUCAAGAUAUUGACCUUGAAGGCGUUGAGUUCAAGUCUAUGGCCAGUGGGUCCCAUAAAAUUCAGUCUGAUUUCAUCUAUUUUCGAAAGGGACCCUUCUUUGGCCUGGCCUGCUUCGCCAACAUGCCCGUGGAAAGCGAGCUGGAGCGCGGUGCCCGGAUGAAGUCUGUGGGUAUCCUCUCUCCUUCCUACACCCUGCUCUACCGGUACAUGCACUUCUUGGAGAACCAGGUUCGGCACCAGCUGGAGACACCGGGACAUUAUUCUCAUCUGGCUGCGUUCUAUGAAGACAAGAAAGGCGUGCUCCAUGCAGGACCUGGGAGAGGCAGCAGCCUGCCCCCUGUCUACUGGCUGCCUUCCGUCCACCGCUGCAUGUAUCCCGAGAUGAAGAUCACACACCCAGCUGGCUGCAUGUCUCAGUUUAUUAAGUUCUUUGGAGAGCAGAUCCUCAUCCUCUGGAAAUUUGCCUUACUCCGGAAGCGUAUUUUGAUAUUUUCUCCCCCACCUGUGGGCAUUGUGUGCUAUAGAGUGUACUGCUGCUGCUGCCUGGCUAAUGUCUCGCUGCCGGGCAUUGGGGGCGCCAUCCCCGAGUCCAAGCCCUUCUUCUAUGUGAAUGUGGCCGACAUUGAGAGCCUAGAGGUGGAGGUGUCCUAUGUGGCCUGCACCACAGAGAAGAUAUUCGAGGAGAAGCAGGAGCUGUACGAUGUCUACGUGGAUAACCAGAAUGUGAAGACCCACCACGACCACCUGCAGCCCCUGCUGAAGAUCAACAGUGCCGACAGGGAGAAGUACCGGCGGCUCAACGAGCAGAGGCAGAUGUUGUUGUACUCCCAGGAGGUUGAGGAAGACUACAACCCUUGUGAAGAGGACCUCUUUGUGCUGUUUUUCCUAGAGCAAAACAACCGGAUAUUUCAGACUCUGUUGGAGGUAUCCGCCAGUCAGGAUAAAACUCUGACAGCAGAACAUGCCCGCGGCAUGGGCCUGGACCCGCAGGGGGACCGGAGCUUUCUUAUGGACCUGCUGGAGGCCUACGGCAUUGAUGUCAUGCUGGUCAUUGACAACCCUUGUUGCCCAUAGGAAGAGUGACACGGGAUUGGUGAGCCACUCACGUGAGAUGACUGCAGCCAGGAGCACACUCCAGGUCCCGUCAGCCUGGUUUUUAAUUCAGUUGACACAAAGGAAGAUGGUUUAUACUUCCCAACAAAUGUGAUUUUUGCAGUUUCCUUCCUCCCCUUCUUGUCUAGAGGUAAGGCAAGACGGCCUUGGUUUUGCAGCCUGCUUUGCUAGCACAUGGGAAUCUACGUUGUCUCCCAGAGCGGCUGGUCUUUGGGUUUGGUCUUAGAAGGUUUGUCCCUAGGAGUGAGCCAAGCUCUGGAAACUUUAGGGUGGACUCCCAGAAAGCCUGGCUUUGACUCUUGUGCAUUCAGGAAUAUGACAAACAUCUGUCCUGUGUGGCCUUAGAUAUUCAUCUGCCCAAAGGCAGAAACCCAGAUGACCUUUCAAGGUCAUCAGGUUCAAGGAGUCAGUAGUAGCCUUGGGAUCAAAUCCCCCUUUCUUGUCAAUAGGGCACGUCUGUGUCUUCUCUGUUCACUUGAGAAGGGACCACUGAGGGACAAAAGGAUGUUUCUGACCCCAAAUAUGAGCUUUGCAAAGGUAGUGACCAUUGGCCACUCAGUGUAAUGUUCUUCCUGUGAAUCCCCUCCACUUGCAAGGGACUGGUGAAUCCUAAGGGCUAGGCCCUGCAGCAUGUGAGUAAAUUGAUUUUAUAGUUUAGUAACCUGGGUAUCUGCAGGGGGUGGCACAGUGGAUGCUCAGGGGGGCUGCAGAAGAACUGAGUUUCUCCACUUUGAUGAGGAUUCCCUGGGGGCACUGAAAGCAGCUCCUUUGGACCAGAUAGAUCCCCUGGAACUGGAAAGUCUAGCCAGGACCUGGUUGAGCCAGUUGACUCAGAGGCUAGAGCAUGCUGUGUUAACAGGACUGUGUACAUGUGCAGCUCUCACACGCUUCUCUGAGGCAGAGGCAACAUUCCUUGGGUUAAGUAACUGGGUCCUAACCUAAUGGAUUUGUUAGAAAGUCAAGCAGUGCCUUCCCACAGGAAAGUGGUCAGGAAUCCAAGGGUCCACAGUGUUGUUACCUGCUUUCCAGUGAAAUGCUUUUUGUCUGGGGUGGGUACUGUAGUCACCCACCCGUUCUCUUGAGCUGGGUUAUUCGCUGACUGCAAGGUGAGGUCAGAGGGUAGGUGGUAACCAUGGUCUGAAAGCCGGCUCCCAUGAGUAGAGUUUAGGAUUGGGACCCUGGGUUAUUGGUAACAAAUAAUCUCUUCUGGGCCGGGGAUUUAGCUCAGUGGUUCCAGCACCUGCCUCUCAAGCGCAAGGUCCCAAGUUUGAUCCCCGGUACCAAAAAAAAAACAACACAAAUAAUCUCUUCCCCUUCCUCUUUCCUGCCUGGCUCUUGUUAUUGGAGUAGCCAUCAGUGUACCCACUGUCUGUGCCCAAGCCAGGCUAAUUACACAGCAGAGAGAAAUAACCUUCAAACGAAUGGAUCACAUGUCUUACAUGGCUUGUUUCAAGUUCUUACUUAAUUCAAAAGUAUUUUCACUGCGGCUCCUUGGUACAGAAUUCAAGAGUGAAGAAAUUCAUGUGUGGAAAUGCAAAGAAACACUGAUUAAGCAAGGUACACCUCUUAUGUAAAUAUAUAAAUAAUUUUGGGUAUUGAACUGUGAACUGUACAACUAAUACACUCCUGUGCAGUGUGAGUUUAGACAUCAUUCCAGUAACACCUUUACUAAAGAAAACACAUUUGUGUUUAGCCGCUGAAGUGUCACGGUUUUUCCCUUUAUGGGCAAAUACUCUUCUGCCUUCACAAGGCUGAGGAGGGCUUGCUCACUUGGGUCAAGUAAUGGAUACUUGUAGUGGUAUCUAGGUUCAGGGUUUUUAAGUUAGGGGUGGGUGGCUGAAGACAGGGAUGGGGGUGAAAGGAAGGGCCUGAUUCUCCUGGGGAACCCAGGCAGACCCUCUUUCUCUAGAGCCGGGAGAUCUGCUAGAAGGACCCUGUUACCAAGCCCCUCUACCCCAAGGCCUUCUGCAUGUGGACACUUGUUUCCUGUGCUCUUCUGCUGUGAGCUCAGACAUGCUGAUGUCAUGACAGCAAGGGUAACAAAGACGUUCCUGGGUUUUCCUUUAAGUGGUGAGUCUGGGUGUGUGGGUGCCUUUUAACCAGGCAGCUAUCUUGUCACCUGUCUGUGUCCUUCAUGCUUGAGGGACUGCAGGGCUGGGCUCAGCUGACCCAGAACAGAACUUCUCCCUCAGUCCUCCCCUGCUUUGCCAGCUUCCUUCCAUCCAAGACCAGAAAUCUGGUGCAGAGCCUCUGCUUGGCUGAACUGCGUGUGUUAGCUCUUCACCAUCCUGUGCCGCACUGUUCACAUCCCGAGAUGUCUGCCUGGGCCGAGAAGCCUCUGGCUUCUGAGGUCACCCUUUGAAGCCUCGCUUAGUACCAGGCUGUGCUCCCCACAGCAGAGCCAGCAGGCACAACCCAGUGCCACUUGCUGCCAGUCCCCAUAAAGGGUUUGUUUGUGAAGUGUUAGGAAUCUCUCUGUAGGACAGUAGAAUCUAGAUGCCACCUGGACCCACUUUUUUGUCACUCUUGAAAUAUUUGCAGAAAGGUCAUUUGCCUUUGUUGGAAAGAAGUGGGGGAAUGUCCUUGACGGGCCUGUGAGCUCGCCAAGAGCAAGCAUUAUUCUCACGCUGACCUGUGGGAGCUGGGCUGGGAGCUUUCGGUGUGAGUCUUCCCACAAGGCAGGUAGCCCUCAUCUCGCCCUUGCCCAAGCGGGCUUAGUCCCCAUCUUUGUGCCACACUUCAAAGGAUGUGCUCACCCAGAACACUUGCCAACCUGUGACCCGGGGUCUGCCCACACAUCCCUGAGUUAGAGGAGACUGCUGGUGGCAAGAAUCUGUAUGGGAACUGGCAGCCAGGAUUUGUCAGUGUCCGUGUUGACUAUGACAAAGCCCUGUUAAAGUGGAUGUUUUUAAUUUUGUAAGGCUCAGCAGCUGCAAAUACUCAGCCUUUGGGGCAAUGGCCAGUUGUUGCCUGGCCUAGGACUCUUUCUCCAGAAGGAGUCAGAAAUAGUAAGGCUUAUCUCCUACCAGUCUUAAAAGUAUACACCAAAUCAUUGCUUAGCAUCAGCUUUGGCUUUGAACAUGGAGCCUUCCUUAGCCUGGUGUGGACCUGUUCUGAUGUCAGUGUCCCCCUGGGGCCUGUGAGUCCUCAGUUACCAGUACAGUGAGUUGGAAGCCGUCUGCUUCCCAUGCCCACCAUCCAUUCUGGGACCUCUUCUUCCAUCUGGCCAGGGGAGGGCAGCCUACUUCAUUGCCAUAUGGACAGAAGUGAUUUAGCCUAGGAAUUACAACUGCAUCAGUGUUUGUUAUAAACCAGAUGAAAAUCAAGAUGGGAAAGGUAAAAGGAGCACCCAGGUGCAGAUGGUACCAAAUGCUACGUGAAGAUUUGUUUAUUGUGUAACUACCUAUGGCAUUUUAGCUAGAAGAUAAAAGGUAAAUUAACCCAUAGGUAAAUCAUUGUUUGCAUUCUGGUGGCCAGGAGGGUGAACUUGCUAUUUUGUCUUGAUACACUGGAAGCUCUCCUAACACAAUAAAAAGUGAAAUUAUUCACUUUUCCACUGAGGCCUUCAGGGAACUUUUUGUAAAGGGUGAUAAUGAAUUAACUUUUUUGUAGCAGGAUAUUAACCUCCAAGAAGAGGCAGGGAGGUUAGGAACUGUGUAUUUCCCUUUGAAACUGCACAACCAAGGGAGUGGAUGGAUGAAAACAGUGACCUUGUCCUAGAGUGGGGAAGAGUUUGAAAACAGGCAAAAAAAAGUACUAUGGAGACCAAGAAUCCCUCCACAGGCUUGGGUGUCCAUGAGGUUCUAGGGUGGCAAGUUUGGAAUCCCGGAUGUCUGGGCUUCCUCUCCCCUCCCCAUUCCUCAGUUACACCCUGGGUGAGAAUCCUGAGAGCCACAGGCUCACCUCAGCAGGCCCAGUCCCAUCUCUUCCCAUUUCAGGAAAACCCUUUUCUGAUUCAGGUAGCAGGAGCGGAGGAGUGCAGGGCUGCUUUUACUCCCAAGUCACGGACUUUUUCAUACCCCAUUUUGAUUGCUAAUAUACCUCUGUUCCCAGGACCUACUAGAGCACCAAGUAUGGUGGGAAAAGGCUAACUGUGAAUUAAGUCAAUUUUUUUAGAAGAAAUGGAAGUUUAUUUUUAUAUCAGUGUUGCUAUGUGAUGAACUGAGUAUCAAGAUGUUAAAGUGGAAGGAAAUUCAGAACUAUAAUCCUAGAAGAAAUGGGCCCUUUUGUAAUUUGGUGGUGGCUGAGACCUUACAAGCUUUACAAUGUAAAUGUUCAGAGUGAAUAAGGACAUUGUACUGUGUGGUCUUCGCAGCACUCCAGGAGGUGAACAUGACAGUCCAGGAAGGAGGACACACAGCAGUUACCCAGCCUUAAGGAGACCUGUAGGACAGAAGAGGGUACAUGGGAUGGCUCUGAUUACCAGGUUCUCAGUCAACUGGAGAGAGAUGGGAAUUGGAGGUCGUCUUAUAAAUGGCACUUUAAUUCAUUUUGGGAGCUGGAAUUUAGAAGCAAGAAAAGCUACAAAUGUGGAAAGGGAAGAGGAAUUUUCUAGUACUCUGUAGAGAAAUGAAGAUGGAAAAAUAAAUCCCUGGUUCCACUUUUUUAGAAUUUAUUGUAGAAUUUCAGUAUAACAUGGGCUUUUAGAAGUAGUGUGACCUAAAUUCAGAAGGUUUAUUUAAUACUAUAGUAGAUAGGUGUGACUUCUCUUUACUACAGAAGGCACCUUGCUUUCUGGGGACAGUAGGGGUAUGGGGGGUGGGGGUAUGGUAAGGCAUUAUAAAUUGGCCAGAGAUGGUACACAAAAUGAAAAAUCCACACACAGGUAACUGAGUUAGCUGGUUGCAAACAGAUUUAACAUUAGAGUGAAAAUUCCUUUCUUUGGGUAAAUCAACCAAAGAUAAAGUACAAAAAAAAUACUGAGAGGCAUUAAGAGAAAUGAGUCUAGCACGUCCCCAAAAGGACAUGCUCCAGACACUGUGCUUCUUUCUGAACAGCCUGGACAAGGACUUCAGGGGCUCAGAGAAGACACAAAGCGAACUUCCUUUACCCAAAGCUUGUUGACUAAAUUUUUGUAUAAUCUGGGAUAGAAACUUUUCCUAAAAAAUCAUGGUAACCUUGGCAAACCUGUUUUCCUAGGUUUUCCAAGUUAGGAUCAGUAUAGUUCUCUGUUGCCUUAAAUGUAAAAACCCUAUUUUGAGUAAUACCCCAGCCUAAGAAUUACAGCAAUAAGAAAAACUGAACCUACUUUUGUUUCAAGUUUUUACCUCAUGUGAUGAAAUCAGAAAGAUACUUUGUUUUCAGUGGUAACAUAAAGGCCUGAAAAAAGCUGGGUUUAAUUCCUGAGACUAAAUGUUUCUCAGCCUGAUCUUGUUCUGUGGUACAAUUCAUACCUGUGUAUAUCAUAUCUGUAUAUAGCUGAAUCAAGUGGUGUGCAGAGAGGUUGAUACAUUUACAGAAACCAAUUUUUACAAUUAAAGUGCACAUUUUAACAUGAA